AGGUUAUUCUCCGGUUUGUCCGGCCCGAUUGAGUCCAAGCGUACGCGUUCCUGAACACAAUUUCAACAAAUCACUUCCCCACACUCGCACAUUCUUGACCAACAUCUUCGAUCAUCAACAACUAGCGAGAAUGUCAUAUCCUACUCCCGAGCUACAGCCUCUAUUAGAAGAGAUCGGAUCGCUACUCAACGAGACCGGACAAACAUUAGCCAUUGCAGAAUCAACUACUGGAGGUUUAUUGAGCGCAGCUUUGCUCAGUGUGAACGGGGCAGCUGGAUGGUAUAAAGGAGGUGCUGUUUUAUAUACCCUUGACGCACGAUCUGAAUAUGCAGGAUGGACAAAAGAAGAUGUAGAGAAUUACAGAGGGCCGACUGAAGGUGUUGCGAGUACAUUGGCAAAUGGUGUAAAGAAACGCUUGAAUGCAACAUUGUGCAUCGGAGAAGCUGGAAUUGCAGGUCCAAUGAGUCCUAGUAGAAGGCUACCACCAGGCCUAACAUGCUUGGCCAUCGCUCGCGAUGAUGGACCACCGAUCACGAAAACUGUCAUGACUGGAGUACGAGAUCGGAUCGUGAACAUGCAUGCGUUUACAGAAGAGGCUUUAAAGCUAUUACAUGAAACAUUAACAAAGAUGAAACAGGGAAAUGCAAAAUUGUAGAGCGAGGUUCUGUCCUUUGAAUUGUAGAAUAAGAUGAUCAAAAUGAUAAUCGAUCAACACUCAAGCCUCUUUCCCCUCGGACCCGUUGAAUGAUUGCUGCCGAAAACAGAUAGAUUAGAUAAUCAGCCUUUAGAAAAGAGCUCCUUUGUCUGCAGGGCAACAAUUAGGGGGGUUAAUUGAUGAUGAUUAGCACACAAUGCUUCUUCCCCCUUUGUCUUGUGAUUUGAAC